UUUGGAAAAAGUGGAAAUGCCAUUAUAGAUGAUUUUAUUCUUAAAAAUAGAUUAAAAUGGAUUCCUUAUAACAAAUUUAAAAAUGUUGAGUAUCUUAAUGAAGGAGGAUUUGGUACUAUAUACAAAGCUAUUUGGUUAAAGAAUAAUAGAGAUAAAGAAGUAAUUCUUAAAUGUCACAAGAAUUUAGAUGAAAAUUUGAAUAAAUUUUUAGAAGAAUGGAAAUAUCAUGAAAAGUGUUUAAGUUCAAAUAAUAUUAUAUUAUUUUAUGGAUUCACAGAAGAUCCAAAUACAUCAAAAUAUAUGGUAGUAAUGGAUUAUGCAAAUAAAGGUAAUUUAAGAGAAAAUUUAACAAGAAUAGUCAAAAAUAAUUGGAAUCAAAAGUUACAUAUGUUGUACGAAAUUAUUUCUGGACUUAGUAAGAUACAUGGAGAAAAACUUAUUCAUUGUGAUUUUCAUGAUGGUAAUAUUUUAAAUCAUGUUUAUGAUGGGGAUAGUGAUAAAAUUUAUAUUAGUGAUUUAGGAUUAUGUCAACCUGUAAAAUCGUUUUUGAAAAAGUAUGAUAUUUAUGGUGUUAUACCAUUUAUGGCUCCUGAAGUUUUAAGAGGCAAACCUUAUACUCCAGCUAGUGAUAUAUAUAGUUUUUCUAUGAUUAUGUGGGAGUUUACAUCUGGAAUACCACCAUUUAAUAAUAGAGCGCAUGAUUUUCAACUUAGUUUAAGUAUCUCUAAAGGUGAACGACCUGAAAUUAUUGAAAAUACUCCACAAUGUUAUGUAGAUUUAAUGAAAAAAUGUUGGAAUGAAGAUCCAUUAAAAAGACCAGUUUCUAUAGAAUGAAGAAUUAAAAAGCAACAUUAUGGAAUU